AUGGGCAACAUAAUUGCUGUAUUCUCCGCUAUCUUCGCUGUUGCCUCUGCUGGCUACUUGGGUGGUUAUGGUCUAUCGGCUCCUGCCUAUCAUACUUCUGUAGUAGGCCCUGUUGUGCAUGCUGCUCCUGUUAUUAAGACCUAUGCUGCACCUGCUGUAGUGCAUGCUCCUCUAGUUAAGGCCUAUGCUCCCGUUGCCACCUCUUAUGCCAACACCUAUAAAAUCUCUCAAAGAGCCUACCCAGUAGUUCAUGCUGCUCCUGCUGUAGUAGCCGCUCCUGUUAUUAAGUCUUAUGCUGCUCCAGUUUAUGCUGCUCCUGCUUAUGGUUUGGGUCAUGGUUUGUCUUAUGGUCAUGCCGGUUAUGGUCACUCCAUCUAUCAUUAAAUAUUCGAAUACUUACAUUGAUUCCUUGUUUGAAAUUUCAUCAUAUUUUUAAUUGUGUUCACCUGCCAACGAUUAAAUUAUGUUUAUGACUUUCGCUAACAGUGCUCUUUUGAAACUUCAUCAUUUUUACUAUAAUUUAAUUUAAAACUCAUUUCGUCUUUGAAAUCUUGUCAUUUAAAACAUUAUAAAUUCAUUUUUAAGAGAG